AUGGCGUCGGGUCAAGCCAUCGUCAAGGCCGUCCUCUCGGGCGACACGCUCGUGCUCAUGGGCGCCACGGCCACAAACGGCCCGCCGCCCGAACUUGUGCUCACGCUGUCGUCGCUCCAGGCGCCGCGCCUCGCGCACUCGAGCGAGCAGAGCUCAGAGCCCUUUGCCUUUGCCAGUCGCGAGCACCUGCGGCGCCUGUGCAUUGGCAAAGCCGUGCGGUUCCAAGUCGAGUACCGCGUGGCGAGCAUUGGCCGCGACUUUGGCUCGGUGUGGCUCCUCCCGCCGGCCACGACGGGUCGACACGAGGGCGAGAACCUCUGCGUCGUGCAGGCGCGGGCCGGCUGGGCAACGGUCAAGUCGCUCGCGCAGUGCCGCGAGGGGAGUUGCGUGGACCACGCCACGAUGCUACUUCACGAGCAAGACGCGGUCCGCGAGAAGCGCGGCAUGUACGCCGCGAGCGCGCAGGCGGUCGAUGGGACGCUCAAGUGGAGCGGCGCCGACGGCCCCGCGCUCGUGCAGCAGUUCAAGGGCCGACUGGUGCCGGCGCUGGUGGACUACGUGCGGGACGGCGCGUCGUUCCGCGUGGUGCUGAAGCCCACGCUGCAGGUCGUGAGCUUUGCGUUGGCUGGCGUGCAGUGCCCGCGCGUGCAGUCGGUGGGUGACGUAGCAGCAGUUGCUGCGCCGCACGCGCGCGAAGCAAAGCACUUUACUGAAGUGCGACUGCUGCAUCGGGACGUGGAGCUUCGGGUCGAAGGCGCUGACAAGUAUGGCAACUUGCUCGGCAGCAUUGUGCACCCUUCUGGCCACAAUAUCAGUGUCGAGCUGCUGAAGAACGGAUUUGGGCGGAUGGCCGACUGGAGCUCGUCGUUCACGAGCGCCGCCGAGCGCAGCGCCAUGCGGGCGGCCGAGAGAAGCGCCAAGCAGCAAAAGCUGCGCGUGUGGCGGGACUACGAGGCCCCGACGCUGCACUCGGCCAAGCACCUGACGGGCACUGUUGUCGAAGUGAUUAGUGGCGACUGCCUCGUUGUCUACGUUCCGAGCGAAGCAACGCCCGCUGCACAGGAGAAGCGGAUCUACUUGAGCUCGCUGCGUGCGCCGCGUCUCGGCAACGAACGUCGUGGCGAGACCAAUGCACCGUACGCUGUGGAAGCCAAAGAGUUCUUGCGCCACCGAGCUAUUGCAAAGACGGUGCACGUUGAGGUGGAGUACGAGAAACCCAGUCCGUCGGGUCAGGGUGACGCGAUGGUGUUUGCCUCGGUGUUCCUCGAGCCGUCGGCUAAUGCCGUGAAGAAGGACCCGCACGCCAAGGGGGCGAACCUGGCUGUGGACGUUGUCGCUGCUGGCUUGGCCGAAGUGGUGCGUCACCGUCCCGAAGAGGAGAAGAGCGAAUACUAUGACGAUCUCGUGACCGCAGAGACGAAGGCACAGACGCAGAAGAAGAACUUGCACUCGUCCAAGGAGCCCCCUGCUGCUGUGCGUCGUGUGACGGACCUCUGUUUCGACGCCACGAAAGCCAAGCAGUUUUUGCCUUUCCUGACACGUGAGCGCUCCCUCCGUGCUGUGGUGGAGCACGUGUACUCGGCCACGCGCAUGAAGCUCUUCGUUCCAAAGGAAAACUGUCUGAUAAACUACAUGAUCGCCGGCAUCAAGUGCCCGCAGCCUGCCCGCCACGGCGCUCAAGGCGUGAUCGUAGCACCCGCAGAAACAUUCGGCGAAGAGGCCAAGCUGUUCACGAAGCGCGGCGUCAUGCAGCGUGAGGUGAUGGUAGAAAUCGAAGACAUGGACCGCGGUGGCAACGCGUUUGGUCCUUUGUUUGUGGUGCCGAAUGGCAGCGGUAAGCCCUCGCGUGAAGACCAGCACAACUUUGGCUUGCGUCUGCUCGAAGAAGGUCUUGCUUGGGUCGACUCUUUCAGCGUGGAGCGCACUGCAUUGGGCAACGUGCUGCAGCGUGCUGAGGAGCGCGCCAAGACGCAGAAGAAAAACUACUGGGCCACGCACGACGCCCAAGCUGCCGCUAAGGCUGCUCAGGAGAAGCAAGUGAAGACGAAAGACGACUUGAUUCCGCGCGUGAAGCUCUCAGAGAUCAUCAACGGUACCCACUUUUAUAUUCAGAAUGUGGGCGACCGCAAUUGUGCUGCUGUGGAGGAGAAGAUGAAAGCAUUUACACGGGUGCACGGACUCGCGGGCAAGGCGUUCGAGGUGCGCCGCAAUGCCGUGUGUGCUGCCCUGUUCGACGACGGCGGAGGGCUUGCGUGGAACCGUGUCAAGGUCGAGUAUGUCCACCCAGAUGGAUCUGCCCGUGUCCGCUUCCUCGACUAUGGUAACAUGACGACCGUGACGGCCAACCGCCUGCGUCCGCUCGAUGCCGACGUGCUGCAGUUCCCUCCCCAGGCCAGAGAGGCCACCUUUGCCUGGAUCAAGCCCUUGGCGGCCACAGACGAGUUCGGAGCUGGGGCUGCCAUGCGUCUCAACGAACUUGCGUGGGGAAAGACGCUUUCGUGCUGCGUCCACAGCGUUGGCGACCAUGGUUCCAUGCAGGUAUCCCUGUACCUACCGGGAGGCAAAAGUGUCUCGAGCAGUUUAGUCGAAGCGGGUUUGCUGCGCACCGACCGCAAGGCACUCCGCGAGGUUCUGCCGUUCCAGAAGUCUGUUGUCGACGGUCUGCUAGGCGCCCAGGAAUCCGCGAAGAAGCAGCGUCUUUGCAUGUGGCAGUACGGUGACAUCGAGUCGGAUGAUGAGCAGGGCCUGUAA